UUGUGAAGGCAGAACCCUCAGAAGAGAGAAACCAAUCCAGUCAUGUCUUUAAUCUUCCGGGCAUUUUUCCUUCUCCUGUGCGUUGGCGGAAUCCUGGCAAAGGGGAAGAAAAACGACACGGAUAUCGAGCCCCGCAUUGUGGGCGGCACCCGGGCCACAGCCGGACAAUUUCCGCAUCAGAUCUCACUCCGUCGCCGAGGCAGUUUCAUUUGUGGAGGAUCCAUCCUUUCCAACAACUAUGUCCUCACCGCCGCCCAUUGCGUCAAGUCGGGUAAUAAUGUAGCUCCAGCCAGCCAACUGGACAUUCAGGCGGGAAGUCUGACCCUUAGCGAGGGCGGAGUUCGCGUGAAAGUGGCCGCUGUUACAGUACACCCCUCCUACAAGGGAAGGGGAAACGACGUGGCAGUCCUUCGAUUGGAGAAAAAUCUCGACUUCAGUUCCCAGAUCAAAGCCAUCAAGCUGGCCACCAGCGAUCCGCCCAACGAUGCCACCGUGGAGAUCUCCGGAUGGGGGAGGACUUCCCAGGGCGGGCCCAUAUCCAAUAACUUACUGUACCUCCGCGUGAAGCACAUAUCGAGGGAUACUUGUCGGCGGAAGUACAUGCGCGAUUUGUACGACACGACCAUGUGCCUGUUGCACGACGCCAAGAAGGGAGCUUGCAACGGGGACUCCGGCGGACCGGCCACCUACGAGGGGCAGCUGGUGGGCGUGGCCAGCUUCGUCAUAGGAGGCUGUGCCAGGGCAGCUCCCGAUGGCUACGAAAGGGUCUCCAAACUGGGCCAAUGGAUCAGGGAGAAUGCCCAUUUGUAAACGGACCAGGCAAGGAUGAAGGAUCAAGGAAGGUUUAAUUUGAAGUUAUGGAUUUCAUUUUAAAACCAAAAACAUCACCCCGAACAGGUCUUCGAUUUUGUAUAAUUUGGUAAAAAUAAACGGCUUAAUUUUGGGAUAUAGUAUAGAUCGUAUUGUAAUCAAAUAAAAUUUUUAUCGUGAGCAAUUAA